AUGCCUCCAAAAGGGUCGGUAUUGUCCCGGAUUCCAAGUCACAAUGAACGACCGCGCAAUGCUACCGAACGGGAAGAUGAUUUGGAGUCGCACGUCCAUCCGACUCGGCAGGACGAGGACACAUUGGCAAGUUUGCACCAAUGUCUUACGCAGUACUCCGACCACGAACCCAUUGAACAUGCAGAGCCGCACUCAACUCUUGAAAAAUAUCUUCGAGAACACCGGGUGAAAGAUGUAUGCGACAGACCCUUUAGCCGACUCGGGAUUUGUUUUAAGAAUGUGACCACCUGGGGUGUCCGAAACGAGCAUUCGCAGGUGAAGACUUUAGCUCAGGCACUUUGGCGGACGGCAACAUUUCAGGACGUGUAUGAGUGGACCAUCAAAAGAUGGAUUGCUCCCCCAAAACUUGAAAAUAGGAGACCCUUGAUCAAUGAUUUUUCAGGGGUUGUCCGAAGCGGGGAGAUUAUGCUGGUAUUGGGCCGCCCUGGCGCUGGGUGUUCGACAUUUUUGCGAACCGUAGCCAAUCACCACUCCUCCUUUUUGGGCGUGACUGGAUCCAUUGACUAUUCCGGGCUUAAACCAGAAGAUAUGUCAAAACAUUUUAGAGGGGAAGUUGCUUAUAUCCCAGAAGAGGAUAUCCACUUUCCCACUUUAACUGUACGUCAAACACUGGAAUUUGCAUUGGAGAGCAAGACUCCAAAAAGGCUACGGCAUAAAAUUCCUGAGAUCUUGGAAAUCUACGGCCGAGUUUUUGGCAUAUCCCAUGUCAUGGACACGCUAGUUGGGAACGAAUAUAUCCGUGGUGUUUCCGGUGGUGAACGGAAACGUAUUUCGAUCAUUGAAUCUCUUGCAACUGAUUCUGCCGUUGGUGCAUGGGACAAUUCUACCAGGGGUUUGGAUGCUGCUGCUGCGGUUGAUUAUGCUCGAAGCCUUCGAAUUAUGACGGACGCUUGUGGCAAGGCAACCAUCGUGACACUCUACCAAGCCUCUGAUGCCGUGUACAAAUUUGCAGAUAAAGUUUUAAUUAUAGACGAGGGACGGAUGUUAUUCCAGGGCCCUGCGAACAGAGCAACAUCCUACUUCGAAGACUUGGGGUAUAAACGUCACCCCAGACAGACCAUCGCAGAUUUCCUUACUGGCAUCACAUCCGCUGAGACUCGAUCUUUUCGGGACGGUUUUGAAGCUCGUGCCCCUAAAGGGGCAAUCGAAUUGGAAAAGGCGUUCAAGGAAAGCAAAGAUUUCAAGGUUAUCCAGCAAGAUAUCCGGAAUUACGAAGAGCAACUUUCCAGCUCCCGUAAAAGAGUGACGCACCAAGCCAAUGACUCUAAUUCCACCCUGGCAGACUUCACAACCCUUGCCCGGCAGAAAAAGUCUCGUUUCGUUUCGGCUACAUCGGUUUACAACACUUCUCUGGUAAAACAAGUUGUUCUUUGUACGAAACGUCAAUGGUGGCUCCUAAAAGGUUACCCUUCGCAUUUGUACUUGAAACUGGGUAAUUCUAUUGUGCUAGCACUUUUGAUAUCGUCUCUGUUUUUUAACCUACCUGCUACCACUAAGGGUGCCUUCUCCCGCGCGGGUUUUCUCUUUUACAGCGCCCUUACCUUGGCCUGGAUCCAAUUGGCUGAACUUGAAGACUCCGUUCAAGGCCGUGGCAUCAUUAGCCGUCAGAAACGGUUCGCCUUUGUGAGGCCGAGCGCCGUUGCCUUUGCUCGUACUUUGUUCGACUUCGUAUUAGUCUUUAUAAUGUCUGUGGUGUUCAACAUAAUCGUCUAUUUUAUGGCUGGUUUCAAAUUGGAUGCUGGAUCUUUCUUUAUCUUUUUCCUCUUCUCAUACCUGUAUACUGUUUGCCAGACUUCUCAAUUCCGGCUGUUUGCGGCUUUCUCGAGUUUCGAAGUGGCCCUACGAUAUUGUGGUGUGAUAUUCCUAAUCGCCAUUACUUACAGCGGCUACCUGCUCCCAUUAAACAGGCUAAUUUCUCGGGUGCCUUGGGUUGGAUGGAUUGCGUACUCCACACCCGUGAUAUACACCUACGAAGCAUUAAUAGCUAAUGAGUUCCAUAAUCUUGAACUCACUUGCGAUCCCGCGUCGAUUGUCCCUUCAGGUCCUAAUUAUACAAAUCCGAUGUAUCAGUCCUGCGCGGGCGCUGGCAGUGUGCCGGGACAGCUAACAAUCAGUGGUGACGCUUAUCUUGCAAGCAGAUAUGGUUUCUAUUAUCGCAAUGUAUGGAGAAAUUUCGGCAUCUUGGUUCUGUUUACCAUAGCAUACACGGUUAUGAAUGCUUGGCUUUGCGAGGUCCUGGAAUGGGACGACGGUUCUGCUGGCGCUGUUUUAUAUGGCAAAAAGAGCAAACGACGCCGAAGUGCGGCUGUCAACGAUGAGGAGAAUAGAGCUAUUGAUGGCGACCACAAGGCUCCCCCAGAGAUGACAGGAACAGAUUCCCGCGGCGCCCCCGCCAUGAGCAUUGCGAAGACGCAAUCGACCUUUGCGUGGCGGAAAUUGAGAUAUACUAUACGACAAGGAACCUCAGAGAGGGUCUUGCUAAAUGAUGUUUCUGGAUAUUGCCAACCGGGGAAACUUACAGCGCUAGUUGGAUCAUCUGGUGCUGGUAAAUCAACAUUGUUGACUGUUCUCACUCAACGCCAGAACACCGGCACGCUGACUGGCGAUUUAAUGAUUGAUGGAGAAGUUCCGGACAUGACAUUUCGUCGGAAAAUUGGAUAUUGUCAGCAGAUGGAUCUCCAAGACGGCACAAGCACAAUUAGAGAGGCUUUUGAGUUUUCCGCAUUAUUACGGCAGGGAUAUGAUGUUCCGCGACAGGAGAAGCUUGCCUAUGUGGACACGAUCUUACAAACUCUUGGGCUUAUGGAGCUGCAAGAUGCUGUGAUAGGCUCACUGCCGAUAGAGCAAAAGAGACGGACGACCAUCGGAGUUGAGCUUUGCGCCAAACCAAGCCAUCUUUUGUUUUUGGACGAACCUACAAGUGGUCUCGAUAGCGAGGGUGCGUUCAGCAUCGUCGUAUUACUCAGGAAGCUUGCGGAUGCAGGGCUUUCCAUUGUGUGCACCAUCCACCAAGCAAGUCAUAAACAGAUUGAACUUUUCGACCGUGUCCUCGCAUUGAAUCCUGGAGGCAACAUAUUUUACUUCGGGGAUGUUGGACCUUCUGGAAAAACUAUAUGCGAUUAUUUCGGCCGUCACGGUAUUGCCAUCGAACCCGGGAAGAAUGUGGCAGACCUUCUUAUUGAAGUUGGUGUCGGAGCAAUUAAGGUGGAAGGGAAGGAAAUGGACUGGAAUAACGUAUGGAAGAGCUCGCCCGAAGCAGCCAAAGUUGAGGAACUAGUCGACGUUAUCUGCUCCAAAAAGGGAAAGGGAAUUGCCGUGGACCAAAAUGCCGACAAGAUGGAAUAUGCGUCGUCGACAUUCGAACAAAUAGUCCAACUCACAAAGCGCCUAUCUCGGCAAUACUGGCGCACCCCUGAAUACCCCUAUUCAAGACUUUAUGCAUCCGUCAUCCAUGCUUUACUCAAUGGACUCACCUAUCUGCAAAUUGGAAAUAGCGAGACGGACAUGCAAUCGCGAGCGUUCUCCUGUUUCUUAAUCCUCAUGCUUGUCCCGGAAUUCGUCAACGGCACCGCGAUGAAGUUCAUUGAGAAUCGCGACAUGUGGUUAGAACGCGAGUAUCCAAGCCGGAUGUAUGGAUGGUUCAGUUUCUCCUCUGCUCAAAUCUUAGCUGAACUACCAUAUGCGUUUAUCGGAGGAACUAUUUUCUAUCUUAUUUUCUACUUCUGCGUGGGACUGCCUCUCGGUACUCCGGCUGGCUAUACCUUUCCCAUGGUUCUCUUCUUCCACCUUUUCGCGACCUCUUGGGGUCAAUGGAUUGCUGCAAUGAGUACCGACGCUGUCAUGGCUGCCAACCUGAUGCCUUUCUUCCUGAUCAUGUGUGAGCUGUUCAAUGGCAUUCUGCGACCUCAAUCAGAGAUGCCUGCCUUCUGGGCUUAUACCAUGUAUUACAUUGCACCAUUUACAUACUGGAUCGGAGGCAUUCUCUCGAUGGUCAUGAAGGGUGUCAAAGUCACCUGCGACGCGAGUGAAUUGAUAACCUUCUUUGCCCCUCCAAAUCAAACAUGCGCAGAGUACGCCGGCUCAUGGAUUACUUCGGCCCGGGGUUACCUAGCUAACCCAGAGGGCAUGGAAAGAUGUCAGUACUGUUCGUAUCGCUUGGGUGACGACUUCCUCGCUAAAAAUAACAUUUCGAGUUCCAACGCCUGGCAAUACCUAGGCAUUUUCGUCGGCUUCGUGGUUACGAACUACAUGAUCAUAUAUUUGCUUGUCUACUUCUUCUCCGUGAAGAGGUUGUUCAAAAGGUCCAAAUGA